GUUUGGUUUGGUUUGGUUUGGUUUGUUUGUUUGUUUGGUUGGUUGGUUGGUUGGUUGGUUUGUUUGUUUGUUUGUUUGUUUGUGUUUGUUUGUGGUUGUUUUUGUUUUUUUUGUGUGUUUUUUUGUGGUUCCUUUGGGAGAAACCUGCCGGCUUCCCAUGCGUCCGGCCACCUGAUUUGGCAACGAAGCGGACGUCUUGAACUUGAGUGAUUAGAAGAAGAAAUUGAGUAAUGCUCCUGACGAUUUCCAACCUCAAAUUCCCAACAUCCAGUGUUGUCCCAACAGUCUUGGGGACGCAAAGGAAGCCUUUGGUCAUCCCAUUCGCCAGUUUGUGUGAUUCAUGUCCACCGGCUUGAGGCUGGGCCUGAAGAAGAGCAGCUGGAGCAGGCCUCACACGCCGCGGAUGAGUGGAUUGUGAAGUUCCAAAGCACUGGGCAGGAACUCACCGCGAAGGUCCAUGCCGCGCGCUGCAGCGGCGAUGUGAUGCGCGGAGACUUCGAACAGGUCGAAGCUCGUAUGCAGAGGAUGGAACGCGAUGGCUUAGAGAUCGACGAGGACGCUUUGACGGUUCUCCUGUUGGCCUACGGCUACGCGAAGCCACAGCAAACCCUGCUGGCCGAGCAGAUGUUCAAGCAGCAGAUGCUGCGAGGGAAGGUGAAGGCGACCAGAGAGGUCCUCGAGGCCUUGCGCCUGGCGGUCGGCGGUGCUCGCUGCCUGCAGCUCAGGCGUGAGUUGCAGAUCGGCACGACCAAGAAGUCUCCGCAGGAGGCCAUUGACUAUGCGGCCAAAUCGGCAGCGGGGAAGAACCAAAACCCCAUGGGCCGGAGUCGGAGUCGGAGUCGUGUGUGGAAGAGUUUCCUCCCGCCCGAGCCGCCACAGAAGCGUCUCAAGUGGGAAUGACCCAACCGCGCGUUGGG